AUGCCCCGAGGAUUCGGAGGACGUGGCGGUGGUGACCGCGGUAGUGGCAGCCGCGGCUUUGGAGGCCCCCGUGGCGGCCGCGGUGGCGGCGGCUUCGGCGGCGGCCGCGGCGGCGGUCGAGGUGGGGGCCGUGGCGGUCACAUGUCCGAGCCUGACCCGCCGGAGAACGUGGAGGAGGUCGGCACCUUCAUGAACGCCGCAGAGGGCGAGUUAGUUUACAAGGUUACGGCGCACGGUGUGGUGCCGCGCUUCAACGCCUUUGUGUACACCGAGCAUAAGGCGAAGAUCGGCAAAAUCGAAGAGAUUCUCGGGAACACAACGGAUGUCAUGUUUUCCGUGAAGCCAUCGCCUGGCGUGCAGGCGGCGUCCCUCAGCGAGGGCGAUAAGGUGUACAUUUCGCCUACGCAGUUUACGCCUCUCCGUCUCUUCACCGAGCCGCCGAAGCCGCGCGGUCGUGGUGGUCGUGGCGGUGGGCGCGGCGGUGACCGUGGUGGUCGUGGCGGCGUCCGCGGCGGCGACCGUGGUGGUCGCGGCGGGUUCGGCGGCCGCGGCAGCUUCGGCGGCAUGGGUGGCGGCCGCGGCAGCUUCGGUAGCGGUGGCCGUGGAAGUUUCGGUGGUCGUGGCGGCGGCCGUGGUUUUGAUGGUCGUGGUCGCGGGCACUAG